UAUAAAACAGGCUUCCUUCUCCCCAGUAGGAGACGGACUCAUUUCAGUUUGUGGCAAACACCAACCUCAGCGCGGCAUAGCCUCCGCCACUCUUUCUCCCAACUCAAACAGAACAAUAAAAACAAAAAAAAAGAAAAAAAAAAGAAAAACAAAAACCUUAGCUUCUGCUAAUCUCAUACAAAGAAAUGCAACUUCUUAUCCUCCACAACUGACGAGGAAAAAAAAGGCAAAAAAAAAAAAAAAAAAAAAAAACCCACAACCAUGCCGUGCUCAGCCCUGUUUCAGGGCUACAUAAGAACCAUGUCCGUGGGACCCACCACUUCUCUGGCCUUCCUCAGGUCCCACAACAGCAAGACCCUCAAACCAUCUUCAUCUCUGUUGUGGGGUUUGGUCACAAGGCAAAAGAACCGCUGCCACUACUGCAGCUGUAGCCGCCACACUAAGGGCUCGUUCAACUUCAACCGUCACGUGGGGCGUCGGGAGCUCAAGUGCGUCGCGUCCUCCGGGACCGUCGAGGCAGAUUGGCGGCAGACGCGGAGGAGCGCUGCGGCGCCUUUCUUGCAGCAGCAGAGCCUGAAUUACGGGCGCUAUGCAUACCAGGAUACGGCGAGCAGCGACGAUUCGGACCUCGAGUUGGGGGUCUCGGGUUCUAGGCAGCAAACGUGUGGGUCAACCCUUGAUAACAUUGAAGAGUGGAGAUGGAAGUUAACAAUGUUGAUGCGUAACGAAAAUGAACAAGAAUUGGUAUCAAGGGAGAAGAAGGACAGACGUGAUUUUGACCAAAUUUCGGCACUGGCAACAAGAAUGGGUUUAUAUAGCCGCCAAUAUGCAAAGGUUGUUGUCUUUAGUAAAGUUCCUCUACCAAAUUACAGACCUGAUUUGGAUGAUAAGCGCCCACAGAGAGAGGUGAUCUUACCAUACGGGUUACUAUCAGAAGUAGAUUAUCAUCUUAGAGCCCAUCUUUCUAAAAAGUCAUCCAGCAGGGAUAGUUUAUCAAACAAUUCCUUGUCAAGAUCAAGCAGCAGCAGUAGUAUUGCCAAUGAUGACGGGAUUUACGAGCAGCAGGAGCCAUUGAUCCGUAAUAGUGCCAUGGAGAAAAUCCUUCAACGUAAAAGUUUGAACCUGCGUUUCAAGCAACAAGAAUGGCAGGAAACACCUGACGGUCAAAAGAUGCUUGAACUUCGUAAAAGUCUUCCUGCAUAUAAAUCGAGGGAUGCAUUGUUAAAAACCAUAUCAGAAAAUCAGGUUGUUGUCGUCUCCGGUGAAACUGGUUGUGGUAAAACUACACAGCUUCCUCAGUACAUUUUAGAAUCUGAGAUUGAAGCUGCUCGUGGAGCUUCCUGUAAUAUUAUUUGUACGCAGCCUAGACGUAUAUCAGCCAUAGCCGUUUCUGAAAGAGUUGCUGCAGAACGGGGAGAGGCACUGGGGGAGUCUGUGGGUUACAAAGUUCGGCUGGAAGGAAUGAAAGGCAGGGAUACUCGCCUUCUUUUUUGCACUACUGGGAUAUUAUUGAGAAGAUUACUUGUUGAUAGAACCUUGAGGGGUGUUACACAUGUUAUUGUUGACGAGAUUCAUGAACGUGGAAUGAAUGAAGAUUUCCUUCUUAUUGUCCUGAAAGAACUACUUCCUCGUCGACCAGAGUUGAGGUUAAUUUUGAUGAGUGCCACCCUAAAUGCCGAGCUUUUCUCUUCCUACUUCGGUGGGGCUCCUACGAUCCAUAUUCCUGGUUUUACAUAUCCGGUUCGAGCACAGUUUCUGGAGAACAUUUUGGAAAUGACUGGAUACCGGUUAACUCCAUAUAAUCAAAUUGAUGAUUACGGUCAAGAAAAGGUGUGGAAAAUGCAAAAGCAAGCACAAUCCCUGAGAAAAAGGAAGAGUCAGAUUGUUUCUUCAGUAGAGGAUGCACUUGAAACUGCAGACUUGAGAGAGUAUAGUCCGAGGAUUCGAGAUUCCUUAUCCUGUUGGAAUCCUGACUCAAUUGGAUUUAAUCUCAUUGAGCAUGUGCUUUGUCACAUAGUUAGGAAUGAAAGACCUGGUGCUGUUUUAGUUUUUAUGACUGGCUGGGAUGAUAUUAACUCUUUAAAGGACCAGCUUCAGUCUCAUCCUCUCUUGGGAGAUCCUAGCGGGGUCUUGUUACUUGCAUGUCAUGGUUCCAUGCCCAUCUCUGAGCAGAAAUUGAUAUUUGAUAAGCCGGAAGAAGGAGUAAGGAAAAUUGUACUUGCCACAAACAUGGCUGAGACUAGCAUCACCAUAAAUGACGUAGUUUUUGUUGUUGACUGUGGAAAAGCGAAAGAGACAUCAUAUGAUGCACUGAAUAACACUCCCUGUUUGCUCCCAUCCUGGAUUUCAAAGGCUGCUGCACGGCAGAGAAGAGGAAGAGCUGGUCGUGUUCAACCUGGAGAGUGUUACCAUCUCUAUCCUAGAUGUGUGUUUGAUGCAUUUUCGGACUAUCAGCUGCCAGAACUUUUAAGAACACCACUGCAGUCCCUGUGCUUGCAAAUCAAAACCUUACGACUUGGAAGUAUUUCAGAAUUCCUAUCUCGGGCCUUGCAGCCUCCUGAACCUCUUUCGGUGCAAAAUGCUGUAGAAUAUUUGAAGAUCAUUGGGGCUUUAGAUGAAGAUGAAAAUCUGACAGUUUUAGGACGCAACCUAUCAAUGCUUCCAGUUGAGCCUAAACUUGGGAAAAUGCUCAUAUUAGGGGCUAUUUUCAACUGUCUUGACCCAGUGAUGACGGUUGUUGCAGGCCUUAGUGUCAGAGAUCCAUUUCUGAUGCCUUUUGACAAGAAGGAUUUAGCAGAGUCAGCAAAAGCGCAGUUCUCAGCUCGUGAUUACAGUGACCAUCUGGCAAUAAUUCGAGCUUAUGAGGGUUGGAAAGAUGCAGAAAGAGAGCAAUCUGGUUAUGAGUACUGUUACAGAAAUUUCCUUUCUGCACAAACUUUACGAGCCAUCGACUCUCUUCGGAAGCAAUUCUUUUAUUUGCUCAAGGAUACUGGUCUGGUUGAUCAAACUAAAGAAAGCUGCAAUCUAUUUAGCCAUAAUGAGCAUCUUAUCAGAUCAAUUAUCUGCGCUGGUUUGUUCCCUGGAUUAUGCUCUGUUGUGCAGAACAAGGAGAAAUCUAUAGUGUUGAAAACGAUGGAAGAUGGUCAAGUACUUCUCUACUCGAAUUCUGUUAAUGGCGGGGUACCAAAAAUUCCAUAUCCAUGGCUAGUUUUCAACGAGAAGGUGAAAGUGAAUUCAGUUUUUAUCCGAGAUUCAACUGCCGUGUCUGAUUCUGUGCUUCUCCUAUUCGGAGGGAGCAUUUCCAUGGGUGGACUAGAUGGGCACCUGAAAAUGUUAGGAGGGUACUUGGAAUUUUUUAUGACGCCUGAAUCAGCAAAGAUGUAUCUUUAUUUGAAGAAGGAACUUGACGAACUGAUUCAGAUGAAGCUUCUGAAUCCCCAGAUGGACAUACAAUCUCAUCCUGAACUCCUUUCUGCAGUAAGUUUACUGGUUUCAGGGGACCAGUGUGAGGGGAGAUUCGUCUUUGGUCGCCAGUUGCCAGCAUCCUCCAAAAAGGCAAAAAAGGAGUUACUACCUGUUGCCAAAGGAGGCAUUAAAGGUAGUGAUGGGGAUAACUCCAAAGGUCAGCUGCAGAUGUUACUCGCCAGAGCUGGACAUGGACAACCCAACUACAAAACGACACAACUGAAAAAUAAACAGUUUCGUUCAAAAGUGAUUUUCAAUGGAUUAGACUUCAUCGGCCAACCUUGCAACAAUAAGAAACUUGCAGAAAAGGAUGCAGCUUCUCAGGCGUUGCUUUGGUUGCAAGGCGAUAGUCAUUCGUCUCCAACAGAUGUUGACCAUAUGUCAAUGCUCUUGACGAAAAGUGGCAAAAAGAAAAGCCAGAAAGGAACUGCGUUUCACGGUGCUAAAUGGAGUUAAACUGCUUAGAAAAAGUUAUAAUUAUAAUAAGAAGUAAAUUUUUUUGUUUUUUUUUUUCACCAACAGAGCUGCUGAUCAUUCUUAUCAUGGGAGUUGCAUAUUGAGCAGCAAUAAAAGAGCAGUAACACUUGAUGGUUCCCAUGGCUGGUUUUGACCUUUUCUAACAUGGGGUGGUUCAGUAUGAGACCCGAAAAGGGGCUGUAUUCUUCAGAAACAGGAGAUGGAGACUUUUCACCAGUCCAUUGAAAUAUACUGAAAGUAUUAUUUUUACUCUUUUUUUUUUUUUAAUUAUUAUUUUGAAGAGAUGCCAGAGUCAAAGAUCACAUUGAUCCAAACUUGUUGCCGCAUUAGGUGGCUGUUUGACUUUUGUAUAUAAUCAUGUUAUAGUUAGUAGAAUAGAGGAAUUAGCAAAGCGAAGAGUUAGGAAGAGAGAAAUUGUUUGUGUUAGACAAAAGCUUGUACUUCAUAGCAACUUCUAUGUAUACUUUAAUUUUUUUUGUGUCGUUGGCGUUCUGCAACUGCAACUAUGAUCAGUAAAGUUUCGGAUUUAUAUUUUA